AUGACAUCAGCACAAUUUUUUGCACAACCUGCUGUGGUUGAAUUCCCAAGAGCAGAUCUUCAGAGUGAUGUGAUUACUGUUCAGACCUCCAACAGUGGAGAUGAAACCACUAGCAUGAAUACAGCCCACCCUGCUUUGGUUGAAUUCCCAAAAGCAGAUAUGCUGGUUGAGGACACUUGUUGUUUUAAAUUGGUGGACUACACAAGCUCCGAAGAAGAAACCAGUGACCUGGAAAAUGCGAGCUGCUCUAGCCAAGUCUUGACAUACAAAACCCAUAACAAGAAUUCAGAAUUGUCAACUGAUGAUGAAUAUGUGCCAAAACUGAGGAGAACAAAAAGCAUACUGAAUUCAGAAUUGUCAACUGGUGAUGAAUAUGUGCCAAAACUGAGAAGAACAAAAAGCAUACUGAUGAAGGAUGGUAUCCCACCUAUAACGGAGAAGCUGUUUGACUCUGAUGACUCCUGCCCUGAUAGUGAAGAGGAAUGGGUGCCCAAAGGUUUUGACGAAAGUUCAGAAAGUAGCUGUGAAAUACCACUGAUCUUUCCUAAAAAGAGAUUUAGAUUAUCUCAAAGUACUAUGCCGCACAAAACAGAUGAAGAGGAAAGUAUAACAUACAAUACCGACGAAGAGGAAAGUAUGACGCAUGAUGCAGACAAACAAGCGAGCAUGGCAAAUGAUACUGAAACAGAGGAGAGUGCCAAAGUACUUGUGUCUGUUGUCCACAAGAAAUGCAAUGGAUCAAGGUUGUACGACAAAAAGCAGCACUGCAUUUUCUGCAGAAAGUCUUUCACAAAGAUUUCGAAGCAUUUAGGAAGGAAGCAUAAGAAUGAAGUUGAUGUGGCAAGGGCCUUCAGUCACCCUCCAAAUUCCACUGAGAGACGCUUGCAGCUAGAGUACCUGCGGAAAAAAGGGAAUUACGUGCAUAAUUUGAAUGUUCUUCAAUCAGGCAGUGGAAAGCUUGUUCCUUGUAAAAGGCCGACGGAAGAUGCUCAGGGUGAGGAAUUCGUCCACUGCCCCUACUGCCUAGGCUUUUAUACUAGGAAAGUGCUAUGGAGGCAUGCAAAGAAAUGCCGUUUUAAACCUACUGAUGUCAAACCCAGACCAGGUAAGAACAGAAUACUUUCAUUGUGUGCUACAGUCUCAGCUUCAUCUGUUACAACUAGCGCUACCUUGAGGAAAGUGAUGAGCCAAAUGAGUCAAGAUAGAGUUUCACUUGUGGUCAAAGAUGACGAGUGUAUAUUGGAGAUGGGACAGCACCUUUGUAACAGGCUAGGGAGUGAUGUGUCGAAGCAUGAAUACAUUCGACAGAAGAUGAGAGAGCUGGGUAGACUUGUAGUUAGUGCAAGAGAAGUCACAUCUCUCAGGAACAUACAUGACAUGAUCACACCAGCCAACUUCAUGGAGACUGUCCUUGCUGUGAAACAUGUUGCUGGUUACAGACCAAAUGGUUCAUUCAAGACUUCAUCUCUUGCUUUGAAACUGGGACAAAGUCUGACAAAGAUUUCAGAACUCAUAGAAAGUAAAGCCUUGGUCAAAGGUGAUGAGGAAACUGCUAGAUCAGCACGGAAUUUCCGUCAGAUAUAUAACACAAAGUGGCGAGAAAUGAUUUCCGCAUCAGCACACCGAACACUUGAAGAAGGAAAAUGGAAUUCUCCACUACUGCUUCCUUUCACUGAGGAUGUGAAACUUCUUCAUUCAUAUCUGGAUGGAAAAGAAAAGGAGCACAGCAAUGCCUUGUCAUCAAAAUCAUCUACAACUGACUGGUCGAACCUUGCCAUGGUCACACUUACAAAGGUAAUACUUUUCAAUCGCCGCAGAGAGGGAGAAGUUUCUAGGAUGCUACUUUCCAACUUCACUCAGAGAGACACAUCAGACCCACAUGAUGACAUUAAUGCUGCUCUUUCAGAAUUAGAGAAAAAACUUUGUAAACACUUUCAGAGAAUCGAAAUAAGAGGGAAGAGAGGCCGAAAAGUCCCCAUUUUGCUGACCCCGGAGAUGAUACGGUCACUUGAACUCUUGGUGGCAAAGAGAGUUGAAUGUGGGGUGGAGAAAUGUAAUCCGUAUCUCUUUGCACGUCCAAGUGCCAUGACUUGCUUUCGUGGCUCUGAUUGCAUUAACUUUUUUGCCAAGGCUUGUGGUGCUAAGCAUCCAGAAACUUUGAGCUCCACAAAACUGCGCAAGCAAAUUGGUACACUCUCCAAAGUGUUGAACCUCUCAAAUACUGAAUUGGAUCAAUUAGCAGAUUUUUUAGGACAUGACAUACGUGUCCACAGGCAGUUUUACAGGCUUCCAGAGGGGACUUUGCAGCUUGCAAAGAUUAGCAAGGUCCUUAUGGCUUUUGAGACGGGACGUCUUUCCGAGUUUAAGGGGAAAAGCUUGGAUGACAUUACCAUCGAUCCUGAUGAUAGGGUUGAAGGUGUUGGAAACGAUGAUUUGGAUGAUUUGGAUGAUUUGGAAGGGGGAAAGUUGAGGAUGAUGGAAACAGUUGAGGAUGAUGGAAACAGUGACAUGGAUGAUGAGUCUGGAGGUGGAGAUGAUGCACACCCAGAGCACAUGACACAUGGAGCGACCCCGCUUCGCACACGCCACAUGGCAAAGAAAAGAAAUGAAGGUGAAGUCACAGAGACAGACUGCGUGGGAGAGAGGGUGAUCAGAUCAUGUAAAGUACGCAGACCUGUCCAGAGGAAAAAAUGGCAGCCUGAAGAAAUUCAUGCUGUUGAAAAACAUAUGAUGAACUUUAUUAGGACAUGUCAUGUGCCUGGUAAAGCUGAUUGUGAUGGCUGCCUGAAAUCAGAGCCUCUUCAUCUGAAAGACAGAGAUUGGAAGGCCAUCAAGUUUUACGUAAAAAAUCGAAUCGAUGCUCUCAAGAGAAAAUCUUAAGAAAAAAACACACAGAAGACAUACUCUGUUAAAAUACCUCUGUUAAUGUUUGUGAUG